AUGGCAAGCUCGUCCACCAAAAACUUGAUAGACUUUUACUUUUCUUGUUGUUUUUAUGACUCUGCAAAGCUUGUUUUCCAAUCCAGUGGAGAGCGAUCCAGUAUUUCCCAAUGGAAUGGCCUCAUGAUAGCUUAUACUAAGAACUUUAAAUUCAAUGAAGCUCUUGACCUUUGUGGAAGUUUGCUGCGCUACCCUUAUCUUUGUCCCGAUUGUUACAUUUAUCCAAGUGUCCUUAAGGCCUGUGGUGCAUUAGGUGAAGUUGCUUUGGGAAAAAUGAUCCAUAACCAUUUGAUAAAGAUCCGUUUUGUAUCAGAUAUUGUUGUUGCCAGCUCUCUUGUGUGCAUGUAUGCUAAAUGCAACAUGCCGUUUAAUGAAAUGCCCGAGAGAGACGUGGCAUGUUGGAAUACUGUAAUUUCUUCUUAUUUUCAAGAUGGCCAAGCUCACAAGGCAAUAGACUUGUAUGAAAAGAUGAGGAACACUGGAUUUAUGCCUAAUUCAGUGACAGUAGAUCUUGUUAGGCUGUUCAAGGUGUCUAAUCAGCUAAAAAUGUCUUUGAAAAUGCCCAAGACAAACGCAGUUUCUUGGAAUGUUAUGAUUUCUGGAUAUGUGAAAGUGGGUGACUAUUUUGUAGCUCUGGCUAUGUCGGCUGACAUGAAAGAAGCUGGUGUAAUGCCAAAUGCCAUCACAGUAAGUAGUAUCUUAUCGGCUUGUUCGCAACUUGCAGCACUGUAG